UUUGCCACACCAUUCUCUUCCCCCUUUCCUCCUCAUCUCUCUCUCUCAACCGAUGUCGCUACGAAGAUCAUUCUUAUCUCGACGAAUCAACAGUCGAUCCAAAUCGCUCAAGGAAUUCAUAGCCAUAGAUAAUGCACAAUUCAAAUCGCAUGAAAUUUCCGGUGGUGAUGAUGUUGUUGUUAAUGGAAACGAAGACGUCUUCACUGAACCGGACGGCAACAGGAAUGGAGGAGAUUCGUGGUCUAAUAUGUUACCGGAGCUCAUAGGCGAGAUAAUCAAGCGAGUGGAAGCGAGCGAGGACCGAUGGCCGUUUCGGCAAAGCGUCGUCGCUUGUGGAUGUGUGUGUAAAAAGUGGAGGGAGGUUGUCAAAGAGAUAGUUAAACCUCCGGUUCACGGUGGGAAUAUUACUUUCCCUUCUUGCCUUAAACAGCCUGGUCCACGGGAUACUCCACUUCAAUGCCUUAUAAAGCGAAACAAGAAAAACUCGAUGUUUUACCUUUAUCUUGCUGCUAGCUCAUCAUUUAUAGAGAAGGGAAAGUUUCUCUUGGCGGCACGCAGAUAUAGACAUGGUGCUCAUACAGAAUACACAAUCUCUCUUGAUCCGGAAGAUUUAUCUCAAGGAAGCAAUGCUUACGUUGGUAAAUUGAGCUCGGAUUUUCUUGGCACCAAGUUUACAAUUUACGACAGCCAGCCUCCACACAAUGGGGCAAAGCACUCAAGCAGCAGGGCUGGACGACGUUUUACAAGCAAGCAAAUAAGCCCCCAAGUUCCUGCAGGCAAUUUCGAGAUCGGAGAAGUGUCGUACAAGUUCAACCUCUUGAAAUCUAGAGGUCCAAGAAGAAUGGUAUCUUCUUUAAAAUGCACAUCGUCAAACGAACACCCUGAACCUCAACCCGAACCCAAAUUAUCAAAAUCAAAAUCCGUUGCUACUACAGCUGUUGCUGGUCAGACUCUAUUAAGAAACAAAGCCCCAAGGUGGCAUGAUCAGUUGCAAUGCUGGUGUUUGAAUUUUCACGGACGUGUGACCGUAGCAUCGGUGAAGAAUUUUCAGUUGGUGGCGACAAUGGACCCGAGUCAGCCAGGCGGGAGAGGUGACGGUGAGACCGUACUGCUUCAAUUUGGAAAAGUUGGUGACGACGUGUUCACGAUGGAUUACAGACAGCCGUUGUCGGCUUUUCAUGCUUUUGCGAUUUGUCUCACGAGUUUUGGAACAAAACUUGCGUGCGAGUAGAUGUCAUAUGUGAUGAUCGUAAAACGGUACUUGUGCAUUUGUGUCUGUAGAAAAUUGUUUGCCAUAUUCUCCAAAUUGUGUUCUACUUUGUAGGAUAGUUUGUGUGAUGUAUAUAGACAUGAAGGCUGAUUUUACUGGGACUAUUUUGUUGUUGGUUUGAAAGUUCCUUUGCUCUCUUUUUUAUAGCUUGUUCAGAUAUAACGAAUUAGGAGCUGUUUGGUUGUUAUCCAUUAAGUUAUGCAUAUAUAAAGCAGUAUGUGUA